UUUUAUCCAAGAAUCACCUCAUCUAUUCUGUCCUGACAAGCCAUCAGCAUCUCGAAGAAAUUCGGAUGGCAUUAAUUUUUCCCCCUCUCGUCGCGUCGCGUUUCGAUCCGUGGCACAAGCUCGAUAAAAAUCGCUCGCUUCGAUCCAAUCGCGAAUUGUUCAGCCUCGGUGACGUAAGAGGCAGGAGAAGAGCGCGGGCAGAGGUUUCUGAAGCCGUUAGUCCCGCUCCAAGAACCGGGGUGCGCGAUCCGGCCAUGGCGCCGACGCUGCGGGAGGAGGAGGGCGGCGAUUCGUCGGCAGCGGCGGCGCUGCGGGCGCCCGCGCACGUGAUGGCGCGGGUGUUCUCGCAGCUGGACUGCGUCGACCUCCUCAGCUGCUCCCUCGUCUGCAAGCAAUGGUACCACGAUUCUGCAGAGCUUAGAGAGGAGUGGAGGAAGGAGUACCUGGAUGCUUGGAACCAAUUUGGAUUAUCUGUGACGCGUGAGCCGCAACCGCUAUGCCCUACUUGCUCACUGAGAAGCUUGCGUAGUCUAUGCCCAUGACCUUGCUGCUAUCUUGCUCUCCUGUCAUUUUAAUCAGGCAGAAAGGAUCAAUAGAUUUUACUGUUCAUUCAUGGUGAUUGUUACAAGAUCAUGUAUACGGGCAACUAAUGUUACAUGGUGUAUAAUUACAAUGUGCAAAUGUACAUGGUUGGUGACUUGGUGUGUGAUGUGUUGUACUCCACAUUAUGCAAGAUAAGCAAGAACCUUCCAUUAGGAUUUUAGGACUUGCCGGUACUAUAGAGUUCAUACCGUCAUUGCUA